AUGAGAUUCCUCACAGUACUCGUAACCUUAAGCGUGGUUUCGUGCGAGGCAUCGCACUUACUCCUGCCCAAGAAAUCUUCCACCGAUGACUUCAGCAACGCCAUCAUUGCCAUCCUGAGGCGACAUUUCGUUUCAAAUCACGCUUCAACGAUGAUCACCCAAUCCGCCAAGGUAGACACCUACACGGAGUAUCUCCAAAUAGACAUCCUCGAUCGCAUACUGCUCCGAACGUCCGGUGAAAUCGCCUACGUCUUCAGCACUCCGAUCCGACCGCGACGACCUCGGUUCUUCAACAUACUGCUGUUCGACGGCUACCUAGCAUUCCGUAGCAUUCUGCGCCAGCUUCACCCAAACAAGUACGACUUCUCUGGAUAUUAUCUGCUGAUCUUGACGGCACCACGACCCGUGUUCAACAGAACCAUUCAGCAGAUGUUCAUUGAUCUGUGGUCGUACAAUAUCGUCAACGUGGUGCUGGCAGCCUCCAGUAUUGUCGGUUCGAAAAGCCCUGAAGGUACACAGUUGUUCACCUACUUCCCAUACGUUGAACAUCACUGUGAACAUGCCCACCCCGUAUUACUAUAUAACUUGACCCCGUCCACGAAGCUCGACAAAUCCGUGAACUUGUUUCCGCCGAAGCUUUCCAACUUUCACGGUUGCCCGAUCCGUAUCGCUGCCAUCGACUACCCACCGUACACAAUGAUCGAAUGGAUUGGAGGUCGCCGAAGACUACGUGGAAUAGAAGGCGACAUGCUGAACAUGAUUUCCUCGGAGCUGAACUUCACGUACGAGGUAGUGGAGAUGACGGGCGACGAUCGUUGGGGACAAAUCUACGGGAACGGAACGUUCACUGGAGCGAUAAAGUUGGUGGUUGAAGGCUCUGUCAACAUGUCGACCGGGUGUUUCUCGAUGCGCGGUGAACGCAUGUCGGUGAUGAGGUCCAGCGCGAGUUACUACACGAUCAAGAUGAUGUUUGCCGUUCCACCGGGAAGGCCCUACACGGCGUUCGAGAAGAUGUUCCGACCGUUUAGUGCUGUCACCUGGAUGAUGGUGACCUUGUACACGUUGGCUGGCGCUGGAGUGAUCCUCGUGUUGCAGUUCUACCCGUGGAGUGUGCGGAACUUUGUCUACGGUCGGAGUACGGGGAUGGCUUUCAUGAACUUUAUGAAUAUCUUCUUCGGUGGUGCGAUGAGUCGAACUCCGGGGAGAAAUUUCGCGAGGGCUUUGCUGUUUUUGUGGUUGCUUCAGUGUUUCGUAAUGCGGACUCUGUACCAGGGAUCGCUGUUUGAGUACCUGCAGCAAUCGAAGAAUUUCAGCCACGUGGAUUCGCUCAAGCGCAUCGAGGCCGAGAAGAUGCCGUACAUAAUGUCGCAAGGUAAUAUCAUGUUCGUCAGAGAUAUUUCCAGUAUUCGCAAGAGGUAACCCGAAAACCCUGAGAUUAGUUCCAAAAAUUUCAAUAAGAGUUCAUAAUUUCUAGGACAACAUUGAUCCCAGACAGGACCGAGGACCGCUUCGAGAUCUUCAGGCAACAAAGCGUGAAUUACCUGCAGGUGGCCAUGCUAACGGCGUUCGACCACCUGGCGGCCUUUAACGAGCGGUUCUACAAACGAGGCAUCGUACAUGUGGCGAAGGACGUGCUCAUAACUUCGCCGAUCUGCUUUUACUAUCCGCAGAAAUCCUGUCUGGCUGCACGGUUUGACGUGGAAAUCGGGAGGAUUCAGCGAGCCGGUCUGAUCGAACAUUGGCUGCACGGAUACAUCGGAUAUCGGUUCUUCCGGAAGCCGAAGACUCAUCACCACAUUCCGAUGGUGCUGACCAAUGAGCACUUGUUGGGAUGCUAUGAAACGUGGCUUGCUAUGUUGGUGCUGGCAUGUGGGCUGUUUGCAAUGGAGGUGCUGUCGGAGAGGGUGCACAUUUUGAGGCGGGGUUUUGAUUUCUUGGUUGACUAGGCAGACAAAA